GCGAUCUUCCUUGUGUUCAAACUUUCCUCUUCUUCUUUGCUUCUUGAAGGUAUUCCGGCAUUUAUUUAUUUUGAUUCAUAUCCUCAGCUUAGUAUGGUUAAUCCUUCUUCGGACAUGCCACCAUCAUUUUCGGUGAACUUGGUGCGGCGCGCUUCUGUUCAAAGCCGAGUCGUAAGGGAGUGUGGCUCGCAAAGUUCUAGUCACUAUAAUCUCAAGCGUCUCUCGCAAGAUCUUUCUCAAAUAUCUUCAAACGGCCUGCUGUGGUAUGGAAAAGCGAGUGAAAGCUACGAGGUCCACGUCAAUACAGUCCCUAACCCGGGCCGGCUACAAAGGCGACUAUCGCAAAUCAUAACUCCAUCGAAAUUCUGGCGGGAUGAUGACAGCCCGCUCGAAGAAUUUAAGGACUUGAGCGGCGACACCGACGGAGACGAGAUAGAAAACCCGACAGAAGCUUCCCAUGAGAUCACCAGACCUGGCAGCCGAGCAUCUUACCGCCACACCUACAAUCUUCCCAACAAGAAGUUUUGUGUAGCAAAAGACCAAGUGGAAAUCGACUAUGUAAACAACAAGUAUAAACAGGUCAUAUAUCCUCAUCUACCUAUCACCCGACUAUCCGCGGGCAACAGAAACUCGACCUACACAUCGGGACUAGCCUCCUUCGCGGCCACGGAGUCUCAAGUUUCGCUUUCUAGUAUCUAUUCGGACAAUACCGAAGCUUCCUUGACGUUGGAGUUAACAAGCGAACAGGCGGCGCCUCAGCUUCCUACUGGAGAUCUCCCGGUAGCUCGUGAUAUUAGUAUCAAGACUAGAGAAAAUUAUAAUGCAGAAGGAGUAGAACAAGCGAUCGUGAAGCAGAAAACACGCUCACGCCCGCUGGCACGAUGUUUGAAACGCGCCAAAAAGUCGAUUGGGUUGGAUAAGGCUGGCAAACGAGUGGAAUCGUUUAAAAGUUCUAAGCUCCACAAUAUAUUCAAGAAGCAUGUUGCUGUCACUCAACAGAAUGGUUUCUCGGAAAACAUACGGUCAAAUAUUGGAAAGCAAUACUUCAGCCGCAAGCCAUUCUAACUGUGCACCACGUGUAGGUCGCCGACUCGCUGGCUACUGUAGUCAUAUAGGCUUAUAGUUGCUAUCUGAGUCAAGUCUGAUACUUUCUCAACCAACUUCAAUUUUGCCAUUCUUCAGCUCCCGGCGAAUCCCAAAACUGCGAAUAAAAACGAUUUCAUGGUAUCCAGACUCUUGUCCUCAUUCCUGUUUUGUAUUCACUACUUAGCUAUCACAUCACCCUUGCAUUUCACUUACUUGACACUAUGAAUCUCCAAUUAGUGUUUUCCUCCUGUCACAAUAGUGUUCUUAGUCAUAUACAAGGAAAUAAUCAUACCUCAAUGAAGAUACCACCUGUUUGGACAGCCCUGUCUGGACUGUGAUCAGAA